UAGAAAACCAAUCUACGUUCUUAUUUUAAUUGGAUUUUACAAAUAUUAUAAAAUGAGCAAUAUUUAAGUGGUGUUUUAGGUCAAAUCCUGAAGUUUAAUCUACAAAAGCAGGCUGGAAAUUGACAGGCUUGCUCUGCUCGAGGCAUUCUUAUUGUACUUCUAAUUCCCAUCAUGUAAAGCUUCUUUACUGAAUGCUUUAAUUCACAAAACGAAUAGCCUUUUUUUUUUUUUUUUUUUUAGUUAUUUUCUUUUCCGUCUUGCUCAGAUCUUUCCCCUAUUGAUCCGUUUAAUAAGAUGGCAACAACAGUAGUCUCAGUCGUGGUGUUUUAUAGUUACCGUGUGAUCUCUGAUGCACCGUUUUAGACGUGUAACUUUGGGGCUGUUAGAGUAGGACCGUGUCGUGGCCGUAACUUAUGUGUGUAUGUCUAUAGUUAGCUGUAUGUGUAUGUGCUUUCCUAAAAGUAAGUGUGUGUGUGUGUGUGUGUGUGUGUGUGUGUGUGUGUGAGUUACAGGGCAGUGAAUGGGACUGGGGCUGUACUUGCAUGGUUUGCUGCUGGACACACCGUACAUUCCGGUACUGUUGUUUUUGUGCCGUAAAGUGCUGUUUUUUCAGUCCUCUUUGUCAUAUUCCGUGACUGUGAAAAUUCUUAGAAAAACAUGGUGAGGACCGUAUGAAUUUUUGACUUCGAUAUUAAGUGUUAGUUCGAGAAAUAAGAGGUAGUCAUACUCGCAUAAAUUUGAGAUUUAAGGAAUCUUUUCAAGUAUUUUCCUGAUUGUUUUGGAGCAGGAUUAAAAAAAGCAACCUAUACUGGACGUUUGUUUGACAUGGAAAAAACGAUUGUCCAGGUUUAGAUAAUUUAGAUACGUUCAGUACUGCAUUCAUGAUUAGUGACUAUUGUGAAAUGUCUGCUGAAUGUUCCUGUUUUGUAAUUGUGUAGGUUAAAUAUAGAAAAUAUAAAGUAUGUGGAGAAAAAUAAUACAUAUAUAUAUAUAUAUAUAAAAAAAAAACGUGAUACCGAGUUGUUUUCAGCGUAAUAUUUAUAUUUCUUUGUAAAAGCCACCGCAGCCAUGAUGAACGGAGAAAUUAACGGUUUCCACAACUCCCUGAUCGAGGAGGACUGCUUCUUGUUCACCUCGGAGUCGGUGGGAGAAGGACACCCCGACAAAAUCUGUGAUCAGAUCAGUGAUGCCAUCCUGGAUGCCCAUCUCAAGCAGGACCCUGAUGCCAAAAUUGCAUGUGAGACCGUUGCCAAGACUGGGAUGAUCCUGUUGGCGGGUGAAGUGACAUCACACGCCGUAGUGGACUAUCAGAAAGUUGUGCGAGACACCAUCCGUCAAAUCGGAUACGAUGACUCAUCCAAAGGCUUUGAUUACAAGACCUGCAACGUUCUUGUGGCCCUGGAGCAGCAGUCUCCUGACAUCGCUCAGGGGGUUCACAUCGACCGGAGUGAGGAGGAUGUUGGCGCUGGGGAUCAGGGUUUGAUGUUUGGAUAUGCCACUGAUGAGACCGACGAGUGCAUGCCUCUUACAAUUAUCCUUGCCCACAAGUUGAACGCUAAGAUGGCCGAGCUGCGACGCAACGGCACCCUUCCAUGGCUCCGUCCAGACUCAAAGACGCAGGUUACUGUGCAGUACCGCCAAGACCGUGGUGCCAUGCUCCCUGUGAGGGUGCACACCAUCGUCAUCUCUGUCCAGCACGAUGAGGAAAUCUGCCUGGAGGAGAUGAGGGAUGCACUGAAGGAGAAGGUUAUCAAGACUGUCGUUCCUUCCGUCUACCUGGAUGAUGACACCAUUUACCACCUGCAGCCCAGCGGGCGAUUUGUCAUUGGAGGGCCUCAGGGCGACGCUGGCCUCACUGGACGUAAAAUCAUCGUAGACACCUAUGGAGGCUGGGGGGCCCAUGGCGGCGGCGCGUUCUCUGGGAAGGAUUACACCAAGGUGGACCGCUCUGCUGCGUACGCUGCACGUUGGGUGGCCAAGUCCCUGGUAAAGGCUGAGCUGUGCCGAAGAGUGCUGGUGCAGGUUUCCUAUGCCAUUGGAGUUGCCCAUCCGCUCUCCAUUUCUAUCUUCCACUACGGGACCUCCCAAAAGAGCGAGAGAGAGCUGCUCGAUAUUGUCCGGAAGAACUUUGACCUCCGUCCUGGAGUCAUUGUCAGGGAGCUGGAUCUGAAGAAACCCAUUUAUCAGAAGACUGCAGCCUAUGGCCACUUUGGCCGAGACUCCUUCCCAUGGGAGGUGCCCAAAAAGCUCAAAUACUAAACCUGUUAAGCUUUUCCCCCCCAGGCUUGUUGGUGUAUACUACAGAGAAGCCUCCAAGUUUCCAGGGGUGAAAUGCACGUCUCUCUUCUCUCUCUCCCUCCCUCUUUCUUCCCCUCGCUCUCACACGAAUGACACACCACUCCCCGCUCCGCGUCCAUUGUCGUCUUGUUACUGUGUUCUGGUGGUUGUGCAGGGGCCUAGGAAGCACGCCUCAGAAACGUGAUGUUUUAAAGGGUAGAUGGGGUGGGUUCCAUGAAUUCCUGCAUCAUAGCACUUCACGUUCUCCUGUCUUGAGCUCCCCCGCUUCUCGUUGUGACGGUCGCUGAGUAGCUGCACACGCUCGUUCUCUUUUGGCAUUCGUGUCUUGUCACUAUCCUAAGUCUGCAGUGUAAUGUCACUGUGGUAGCAUAUCUGGCAAUAUGCGCUGCCCUUAAAUUUCUGGUGCUACUGUAAGGAGUCUGCAUGACAUCUCAACUUCUGCUAAUCCAUUCGGAUGCCUAAGUUAACUGAUGGAGAGCUUUUACCCCUUUCAGUUCACUUUUAACAUUCCUCCUCAGUCAGUUUUGGACAUUUAUUCCUUGGUCUGGUGUGUUUUUUGUCGGCUUUAUUCACUCGAGGUUUGUGGACGAUGCUGGAAAAGCACAAUAAAAAUUAAAGGGUUGUCACUGUCUUCACUAAAAUGCUAUGCAUUGCAGGCUAUGGGGAAAGCCGACUCCCAAUCAUACAAGCUCAAAGGAGCACAGGGCCUCAGAUUCCCCCGCAGACCUUUGCUGUUUUCUGACGUAAUACAGAAAAGUCAGAAGCUGCUAUGUCACUGCUUCGGUCUGCACAGGGGGCGACUAUACUUGAUGGGUAUUGGAGAGAAUUUGCUUGUUUGUUCAUUGAAAUUUGGUUUUUAACUGAUUCUUUUUGCUAAUGCAUCCCAUGUUUUUUUUUUUUUUUUUUUUUUUUUUUUUUUUUUUUUUAAAUGGUUUCAAAGUGACUAAAUAUUCUUGUGCUCUUUGAGUUUACUGAUGGCAGGUGUAGCUACAGAGAAACCUGUUUUCCAUCAUUGGCUUAAAGGGGCGUGGUCUUUGCCGCAGAGUCUUAUUGGCUAGGAAAUAAAAACCUCAACACUAUUUAUUUGUUCUCUGAAACUCGGCGUGGAUACAGAGAAGCCGAUGUUUCAGAAGGCAGCUUUUAAACAGACCUGCAGAUUUGUGAUUCUUUUGACUCGAUCAUUUCAGUGUUUUGGCUUGAGGUCCCAGAGUUUCGUACGGAAAUGCUUUGGUCUGCCUUGAAGUCACUGUGAGCUGUAAACGAUCUAUUUUACGUUUUUUAUUUGCAGAAUCAUUUUUUUUUUUAGAUGGGUCAGUUUUGAAUUCCCGUUAAUCUACCAGAUGCAGUUCUUCGGCUCUUGUCUAUCCUCAUUAAUGUGACGGCAACAUUUGGCUGGUGUGGUACAGAGAAACCAGCCUUGUUUACAUGGCCGUCCCAUGAUCUGGAUAGUUCAAAAUCUUUUUGCUUUUCCCUUUUACCACUUAGUGGUCAUCCCAUUGGAUACAGUAAGUGUAAGAGUGCCUUUCUUUCUCCUCCCCCCCCCCCCCUCCCUCUCUCUCUCCCUCUAGUCUCAUUUGCUCUUUCCCUUCUCACCAACAUGCAUUCAACUCCCAGAGAAACAAGUAGCUCAUACUGUAAUGUGCUUCAUGUCCACAUUGGGUAGUUUACUGCUCUGUAAUAAAAAACAAAAACUACUCAUCUUAA